UGAAACAGUAAGAACCUAAGCUUAUAUAGUCGUGUCCGCAGGGCUCGUAACCACUUCAAAAGGGCCGGAGAUUCCUGAUCGAACAGGAGGCCCCGAGAGAGAUAGAGAGACAGAGAGACAGAGAGGGAGGGAGAAGGUAGAAGAGCCUCUCGUUUCAGAUUUGGGAACAAUGGGUGCCGGUGGAAGAAUGGUUGCGCCCCCUGUGCGCAAAAAUGCGGAUGCUGACACCCACAAGAGAGUUCCGUACUCUAAGCCUCCGUUCAGCCUCGGUGAGGUCAAGAAAGCCAUCCCACCUCAUUGUUUUCAGCGCUCUGUUAUCCGCUCCUUCUCCUAUGUCUUUUAUGACCUCACCAUUGCCUCUAUCCUUUACUACAUUGCUUCCACCUACAUUCAGAAUCUGUCUCAACCUCUAUCCUUCUUGGCAUGGCCGAUUUUCUGGUACGUUCAGGGCUGUGUUCUCACCGGUGUUUGGGUCAUAGCACAUGAGUGCGGUCACCAUGCUUUCAGUGAUUAUCAAUGGCUGGAUGACACUGUUGGUUUGAUCCUCCACUCUUGCCUCCUUGUCCCGUACUUCUCAUGGAAGUAUAGCCAUCGCCGCCACCAUUCCAACACAGGUUCCCUUGAGCGAGAUGAAGUCUUUGUCCCCAAGCAGAAGUUCGAAAUUGGAUGGCAUGCCAAAUAUCUCAACAAUCCGCCAGGCAGAUUCCUCACACUCCUCAUCCAACUCACUCUAGGCUGGCCUUUGUAUCUUGCGUUCAAUGUUUCUGGAAGGCCCUACAAAGGAUUUGCUUGCCACUUUCAUCCGUAUGGGCCAAUCUACUCUGAUCGCGAACGAUUGCAGAUAUUUGUGUCCGAUGCUGGUGUUCUUGCUGUCUUCUAUGGGCUUUACCGUCUUGCCGUUGCAAAGGGACUUGCUUGGGUUAUAUGCUUCUACGGAGGUCCUCUAAUGGUGGUGAAUGGAUUUUUGGUACUGAUCACGUACUUGCAGCACACCCACCCCGCAUUGCCGCACUAUGAUGCCUCUGAAUGGGACUGGUUUAGGGGAGCUUUGGCCACCGUUGACAGAGACUACGGAAUCCUGAACAAGGUUUUCCACAACAUCACAGACACUCACGUUGCGCACCAUUUGUUCUCAACCAUGCCUCACUAUCACGCAAUGGAGGCGACCAAGGCAAUCAAGCCGAUAUUGGGCGAGUACUAUCAGUUUGACGGGACUCCGGUUUACAAGGCAAUGUUUAGAGAGGCGAAGGAGUGUAUCUACGUCGAGCCCGAUGAGGGUGCCAAGAAAGGUGUCUUCUGGUACAAUAAAAAGCUGUGAUUCUGAAAGUUGCCGAAGUCGGUGAGCAUUUUGGGAGUUUUAGGUUCUUUGUAAUGGAUCUGAGGUUCCCUUAACUUAUGUUGUAGGUGUCUUGGUUUUUUGGAACUACCAAAUUAUUAAUUGAAGUGCUUUUUCAAUAAUUUUU